UGACGUUUUGACGUCACUUGUAUAUGUCGUACUUCUGGAUGGAAUUGAUUGAUUUGCGAGUCCAGCACAGUGCCAAAAGUAGGCUAGCCUUGUUCCAGACAUUUAGAUUUUAGGCCUCUGUUGAAUAGAAGCAACAGUGGUUUUCCCCUUCAGAAAUUGAAACACAAAGGCAUACUUACUGAUUCAUAAUGCGACCUAAUUAUGUUACAACAAAACGGCUUGACAUUGACAUCCACUUCAGCUCUGUUUCUGCAUAAAAGCGCCGAUUGUAAUGUCGCGCCAAUGGAUAGACGCACUUCUCUCUGUUUAAAUUUGCUCCGUGUGAUAUUGCAGAAGGCUGCAUCUUUGAAACUCUUGAUAUUAUAGGAAUUCAGUAUUUAUUCAGGCCAUUGGUCUGAUUUUAUCAGUACAGUUACUCUCAUCAAAUAAAAUAAACGCACGAAGAGGAACAACUUUACGCACAGCACACCUGCUACCACAAUGAAGAUAAUUCUACUCAUUAUGGUAUUUUCCCUCGUUUUGGCAACUGUCCUCAGCCAAAAAAAAUAUUUGGAUGACAGUUGGAGAGAAGACAAUGAAACGAGGAAAUGGCAACUAUCUGAGCAAUAUAAAGAAAUCCUGAAAAGAAUGACUCGAAAACCUGAGUCACGCCAAUUCUUCGGCCUUAUGGGGAAAAGAGGCUCUGCAAAAUCCCAGGGCAAACAUUUGAGUCUUGCUGGACUGAUGGGUAAAAGGAGCUCAGAAGAACAAGGUUCCUUCUAAUGGAUCUCCAAAGCAACUACAUACAACUUUGCAUCAAAAGAAUCAAGUGUGUACCAGGGUGCACUGAACAUGUGUUUGCAUGAUUGUUUCAGUCAAGCGUGAUGUCCAAUGUUUUGAAACCAUUUUGAGUCAGCAAAUGAACACUACUAGCAAAAAUUGCUUUAGAAAAUGAAGGAAUAUGCAUAUUACUGUGGUGUGAAAUGUCAAAAAUAUUAAAGGAAAUAACCUGUUACUGCUCUGAAAACAUUCAUAUUGUGCAUGUAAUGUGGCAGAAUACUUAGAUCAAAAGUAAAACCACUAAACUGAGAAAACGCUGAAAAGGAAACCCAUGUUUCCCUCUGGUGGAGAUAUGGUGUAGACAAAGCAGAUUAAUACUAAACAUUUAAAGUGUUUACAUUUCAGUAGGCCUACAUAAUAGGUAUUCUGAAUGUAGUAAUGCAGUAUCAACAUGCAUCUCUUAGCAGCAUUCAUUGCAUUGCAAGUCUAUCACGUUUAUUAAGUGACUUUGUACAAUACUAAUAAAAAAUACAGAUGGAGUACAUAGCCAAAGCAAAAUACGGUGUUGACUUUCCUUUCCCACUUAAUCUGAUGACAUGUGGAGUUACAGAAAUAUUCCUUUCAUUUAUUUUUUUUGCUCUUUGUACGACUACUGAAUGUAUUUUAAACAGUCAAUCCACUUCGGAAACUGGUCAAAUCUUCAUAAGAAUUCUUACAUACAAAAAAAAAAGGACUUUAGCUGGCUCGGUGUA